UUUGUACAAAAAGAUGAUGCUGAAUGGCUGAUGUUGGGUCAUCCAUUUAGAUCACUUCUUCCUUAAAAUUCCAAGCCUUCUUCCGAUUUCAAGGAUCAAAGAGUCCAAAUUCUGAAGCCAUUCUAGUUGCCCCAAUUUAUUCCAGGACUGUUGCAUCUCCAAGCACAUAAUCCCACCUUUCUCCAGCUAAAUUUGACAGUGAUGAGUCUUCAAGCAAGUUCCUGCAGCAGCUACGGUACCAUCUCCUCUUUCAUUUCCCCACUCAAAACCGCCGCCCGUCUCCGCCGCGCGAAGCUCACCGUAAUUCGAGCCAAAGCUGAACCAUCGGAGAAAUCAGUAGAGAUAAUGAGGAAAUUUUCAGAGCAGUAUGCUCGUAAAUCUGGAACGUAUUUCUGCGUCGAUAAGGGUGUCACUUCUGUUGUCAUUAAGGGAUUAGCAGAACAUAAAGACACAUUGGGUGCACCUCUUUGCCCUUGUCGGCAUUACGAUGAUAAGCCAGCUGAAACAAGUCAGGGCUUUUGGAAUUGUCCUUGUGUCCCCAUGAGAGAAAGGAAGGAGUGCCACUGCAUGCUCUUUCUUACUCCAGAGAAUGACUUUGCAGGCAAGGAUCAGGAAAUCUCCCUGGAAGAAAUUAAGGAAGCAACAGCAAAUAUGUAAUGACUAAUGUAUUGUAUUAUUGUAUUCUUUCUUUUUCCUCAUUUCCUUUUUGUUGAGCUGAUGAGCUAUCACCUUGUAUUUUGGCCAAAAUUAUUACCACAAUCCUCGUGCGUGUAUAUUAUAUGCUAAUGAGGAAACCAAUCUGAUUUAUUAGUAUUACAAUUACACUUUGAAAUAUUCUUACUUA